AUGGAUUACAACAGAGAGCCCAAGGCAGACGCCGAAGCACGGUCUCCCAUACGGGCUUCGUUGGGCGUAGAUGGCGAUGAUAGAUCGGACUUAUCUAUGUCAGACGAAAAAUGGGCACGCCACUUGAUAUGGAAGAUAGACAUCCACAUCAUCCCCUUCGUUGUGCUUCUGUACUUGUUCAGCUUUCUGGAUCGAGUUAACAUUGGCAAUGCCCGCUUGUAUGGCAUGGAAGAAGAUCUAGGCCUAGUGGGCAAUCAGUAUCAGGUCGCAGUAUCCAUUCUGUUUGUUACUUACUGCCUGUUCGAAGUCCCGUCCAACUUGGUGAUCAAGAAGCUCAGGCCCUCGCGGUACAUUGCCUCAAUCUCAAUCAUCUGGGGCAUUCUAGCUACCUUGACGGGUAUCACGCAGAGUUAUGGCGGCUUGAUUGCCUGCCGUGUACUUCUAGGUGUUGUUGAGGCUGGGCUCUUUCCGGGAUUGAUGACUUAUCUCACGCUGUUCUACAGCAAGCGGGAGAUCGCACUCCGAACUGGUUAUUUAUUCAGCAGCGCCGCAGCCGCUGGUGCCUUCGGGGGUCUUCUUGCGUACGGCAUUGGCUUCAUGGAUGGCGUCGCGGGGCUGCGGGGCUGGCGAUGGAUCAUGAUCAUCGAAGGGAUUCCCACCGUCAUCCUGGGUAUUUUGACCUGGUUCUUUCUCGCCGACGAGCCUGAUACAGCGUACUAUCUCACUGACGACGAGAAAGCCAUGGUCGUCCGUCUGCGUCGUCGCCAUGUCGGUCAGACUCCGUCCGCGCAAAAGUUUCACUGGGCGGAUGUGAAGGAGGGCGCGUUGGACUGGAGGAUCUACGCAUUCUGCAUUGCCCAAUUUGGAGUCGACACGAUGCUCUACGGCUACAGCACUUUUCUGCCCACGAUCAUCAAAGGAAUGGGCAAGUGGUCCACUGCUGAAGUUCAGGCACUGACCAUUCCGUGCUAUGCGCUUGGCGCCAUUGUAUACCUACUGGUCGCCUGGAUCAGCGAUCGGACCCAGCGCCGUGGGAUCUUCGUCUGCAUCUUCGCUGUGAUCUCUGUUGUCGGGUACGGGGUCUUGAUCUCCGACUCAUCAUCCGGGGUACAUUACUUCGGCGCACUGCUUAUCGCCCUGGGGCUAUAUGUGACCGUGGGGCUGCCGCUUGCAUGGCUACCGACCACGCUGCCGCGAUAUGGGAAGCGGACGUUUGCGACGGGUCUGCAGCUGACGUUUGGAAACAUCAGUGGCGUCAUGUCCCCUUUCCUGUACAAAACCGAGGAAGCACCGCGCUAUGUGCGCGGCAAUGCGGUCACGCUUGCUCUGGUUGGCUUUGCUGGUGUGGUCUAUGGGCUCAUGUGGUGGUACUACCACUGCAAGAAUCAGCGAAGACAACAGGGCUUGGAAGACGACAAGGUUGCGGGCAUGACCGAUGAAGCCAUUGAAGAGCUAGGAGACAAGAGUCCUCGUUUUAAUGACGAUUGGAAUAUUCUCCAUCACUUGGGGGGUAAUGGACCCUGGAUCGAGAAGCGUGGCCGUGUACACUACUCGCAAAGCUUUGGGCCCGACCUCGAUGGAUGCGUCAUUGACCAGGUGCACAUGAUGUCACGCCACGGGGCGCGGUACCCGACGCGAUCAGCCGGAGGCCGUACCCACAUUGCGCUCCUCAAACGCAUCCGGGACGCCAACGUCAAACUGAAUGGGAGCCUAUCAUUCCUCAACAACUGGACCUAUUUCACCGACGACCCAUCCACCGAUUUCGACCAAUUGACCACCACAGGUCCCUACGCCGGCACUCUCCAAAGCCACACCACAGGCCUCCACUUCUCCGCCCGCUACAAACACCUGCUGACCAGCAACCGGUCGUCGCGACUCAAGCUCUGGGCCAGCGACUGCAACCGCGUCAUCCAGACCGCCCAACACUUCGCAUCCGGGCUUUUCGGGUCACCGUCAGCGUCGUCCUCCCCUCCAGGCUGGCAAGCAGAACCUUCCGCAAAAGCCACCCUCGAAGUCAUCCCCGAGACCUUCGACCGCGGCGCGGACACCCUCACCCCGGGGGACACCUGCCUCCGAUACCUCGAGGACCCCGACCGCGGCCAUGACUACGGGAUCCAGAUGCUCGCGCGGUUCCAGCAAGCCUACAUCCCCGCGAUCGCGGAGCGACUGAUGCUCACCACGCAGGCAAAUAAUCCCACGCUUGGGCCGUUGAGCAACGGCGAAGUCUACAGUAUGCAGGAGAUGUGCGGGUUCGAGACGCUGGUGCGCGGGUCGAGUCCCUGGUGCGCGGUGUUCACGCGCGAGGACUGGGAGAAUUUCGAGUAUGCGCGCGACGUGCUGCACUAUUAUCGCGCGGGGCCCGGAAACCCCUACGCUGGGGCGAUGGGGUGGCUUUGGCUGAAUGCUAUGACGGGACUUCUAAGGCAAGGGCCCGGUGCUGGUGUGCAUGAUGGAGAUAUCGCGCCCUUUCUGACGGCGUUGGAGAUCAUGGCUGAUCCGAAGUAUGAUCCGGUGCUCCCGGUUACUCAUAUGGUGUCGGAUCGGGUCUGGCGCACUUCAUCGGUAAUGCCCAUGGGUGGCCGGGUCGUCCUGGAGCGGAUGACCUGCUCCUCCGGGGGUGAGGGUGCGCAUGGCGAUGCUGGGCAUACCUUCUUACGAGUGAUUAUCAAUGAGAAGGUAACGCCGCUGCCAUACUAUUACUUUCCUGUGGCAAGACUAGAUGUAUAA